UUGUCCAUCUCGACCAACUAAAGAUAUUUUCACCAACAAUCCUUUUUUUUGUUGGCACAGUUUGAUCUUUGCCCAUCUCUGGAUAUAGAUCAUUUUCUCAAUAGCCUGAAAAUUUGGAUCUUUGCAACUCACAAAACCUUUAGCUUCCUUUGUCAGUGACUGCUCAAGUUGCUCAAGUUAGGGACUUCCCACAAGAGCCAAGUUAUGUGCCGGUGCUUUAACUUUCACUUUCAUUCAGGCAAAGCUGAUUGUAGAAAAGCCACACACAACGAGAGAGGAACAGAAAGAGAACACAGAAAAACUCAAGAAGAAAUAGUUCAGCUUCUUAGCAUUCCCUCAGCCGCAGCAAGACCCAUGGCGAUGGAAGACUUCAAGGCAGCCGUUUAUGAAGGGAGGCUGACAGAUGCUGUGUCUAAUGUGGUUGGAAAACCACUGCAGUAUUUCAGCGAAGUGCCACUCAACAUUGCUGUAGCAGGAGAGCCAGGCUCUGGAAAGUCCUCCUUCAUCAAUGCCAUGCUGGGCUUACAUGCAGGUGAUCCAGGAGCUGCUGAGACAGGCAUACAGACAACAACAGUAGACGUCAAGGCUUUCCCACAUCCACAUCUUCUAAAGGUCAUUUUUUGGGAUCUCCCAGGAAAAGGAGCAGCAUUUUUUGGUGAAGAUACUUUUGCCAAGAUUGACUUGAAUCGCUUUGAUUUCUUCAUCAUAGUUGGUGCCCAGCGUUUCCGGACCAUUCACGCUGACCUGGUCAAUGAGAUCCAAGGAAUGAGCAAGAAGUUUUACUUUGUGCGUAGCAACAUAGACCUUGAUCUGGAAGCAUCCAAGAGGCAGAGGCCUUCAGAUUAUAAUGAGGAGAAGAUUCUCCUGAGAAUCAAGGACGAUUGCCAUGAGGGACUGCGAAGAGAAGGAGUGGCCAAUCCACAAGUCUUUCUAGUGUCCAGUUAUGAAACCAGCCGCUUUGAUUUUCCCCUUCUUUGGGAAAAGCUGAAGAGUGAUCUCUUAGGGCUGAGAAGGAAAGCUUUUCUGCUCAAUUUGCCCAGCAUCUACCUGCCAGUCUUGAACAACAAGAAAAUGGCUAUGAAGAAGCAGAUUCUAACCAGAGCCCUUUGGUUGUGGAUUUUUGCUGCUAUUCCAAUCCCAGGCCUUUCCUACUUCCCUGCCAGAAAAGUCCACUCCUGGUGUUAUCGUAACUUUGGCCUAGAUGAUCCAUCCCUCACAGAUCUUUCUCAGCUGGUUGGGAAGACAGCAGCCACCUUUAAAGCAGUAAUGAAGCCCCUGUCAUUCACCUCUGUGGUUCUAUGGGGCUUUGCAGAAUUGGUAAGAGCCGUGGUGAUAAUAGGAGACUAUAACCACCAUCGGCACUUCCCACUUUAUGGAUACCUACUGUCAGGAGGAAUUUCACUUCUUUCCACCUACCUCAUUUUAAAGAAAUUUGUAUCCAAUGCUACCGACAACACCCAAAGAGUUCUGACUGAAGCUCUGGUGUGUGAGGAGAAGAAGUCCAUAUAGUGGCAAACAUCCACAUUCACAACUACAGUGAUAUUAGAUUAUGAUGGACUCUGCAGGUUCUCUUGCCAGAAAAGGACUUGGACACCAUGCAAUAUGUUCAGCAUAUUGAUUAGAUUCCAAUCUAUAUAGUCAGAGUGUAUGUUGGAGUGUAUGUUCCUCUACCACAAUUCCAAGACAAUGAAUUCUAGAUAAAGCAUAGCAAGAAUACACUUGAGAAACUGGAGAUGUGAUCCUCAAUAUUAUUUGCUUUAAUAUUUUAAUUAAGAGAGCUAGUAUGAUGGUUUGAGCAUUGGACUAUGGCUCUAGAAACUAGGGUUGGAAUCCUUGGCCAAGCCAUAGAAACCCACAAGGUGACUUUGGGCAACUCUCUUGGCCUCAGAGGGAGGCAAAGGAAAAGGUAAACUUGCCAAGAAAACAUUCUAAUGGGUUCGUCUGAGACCCCAUCUACACUGCCUUGUAAUGCAGUUUGAAUUGCACUAUAUAUAAAAUGCAGACUGAGCUGCAUUAAAAAGGAUAAUAAAUAACAAUGAUGAUGAUGAUUUUCAAACAAUGCAAAAUUGUGCCAAGAAAAGUUUGAUUUUAUUCUUUGUAGAAAUUUUUAAAAGUCAAAUAUCCAGCCCUCUUUUAUUUGCUUAUGUUAUUCUGGAUUUCCUAACAAUGAGAAAAAAGCUAUUCCCAAUUUUUUUUAAUUUAUUUUUUAUUUUAUUCCCAAAGAAUGCUAUUUAGCACAUCACUACCAUGCCAGCACCUGGAUUUUGAUCAGUGUCCCCACCUUUCAAAAAGGAUGAGAAAUUUAUCUAAUCUUUAAUAAACUAACAAGCUGAAUUUUGAAACGA